UAUCGCUUACAACUAUUUUUAAUUAUUAUUUAGGCCACAAUCGUCUUAAGAUUUAAUAUAGAUAUUACUAAUUAUUCUUUCGUUUGCCUUUCUGUGAUAUAAAGUUUCGUCCCAUUGAUAAAUCACGAAAACUAAACUUUACAGUCUCGAUCCUGCUGCAGUUUUUUACAAGUUCCUUUAUUAGACAUGGAGCGAACUCUGAAAAAAACUGUGUCGUUGCGUCAAAUGAAAUUGUUGUUGGAGUUUUUAGAGAAGAAUAGAAAUCUGGCGCUCGGCCGGUUGAGAUCCAAGGAAGGGCGCGCGUUGUCUAAAAAAUUAUGGGCCGAGUGCGCGGACAUUUUAAAUGUUGAAAAUGUUGGUGCUUCAUUUAGAAAUGGCAGAGAAUGGGCUAAGUUCUAUACAGACUACAAAGCCCGGCUGAACAACAAAGUAAGAGCAAUGAGAAAUAAUGAAACCACAGCAGCCACCGGAGCUGAAAUAGAACUCACUUCACUGGAAACCAGGCUAUGCAAUAUCCUCGGGUACAAUAUCAAAGACUUACUCCUGGCGAAGGCCAACCCUUUAAGCUUAACCCGAGAGAAGAAAGAUUCAAAAAUUAAAGCAAAGAGAAAACUAAAAAGAAGAAGGAGUAGUUCAUCAGACAGCUCAAUAAACUCAGCAAAAGAGACUCUAGAGAGAAUAGAGGAAUCCCGCAUAGAAGUGGACCGGCUGAAAGCAGACGGUCUGUUCAAGAUUGCGGAGAGUCUGGCGCAGAUGGCGGAGGCUCAGAACCGAGUGGCAGCGAGCAUGGAGAACCUGGGGGCAGGCAUGUGGCAGCUGCUGCAGAGGCUUGCGCCGGCGCAGACGCAGGACGGGAAGAGUUGGGAGCAAAAAGUUCAAGAGCACAAUAUCCUGCAAUGAAGAUGGGGCCAUGGUUAAUGUCAAGGUCAAAUUUUUGUAUACUCCGGCAAACCCACUUUGACAAUAAAGAAAAACGCGUUUUUUUCCUACUGUCAAAAUGGAUGUGCCAGAGUAUAUUUAUGGUCUGGGUAUUCUGGAUUAAGAACAGAGAAUAAACAUUUUUUUAUGGCCCUCACACUUUGAGACGUUGAUCACCAAGAAGUACCUACCUGUGUAGAUGUGUGCGAAUUUCAAAACAGAAUUUUUGAGUUUUCUAAGCAAACGGGUUUCUUUUAGUGGGACAAAACCAAAAGGAGAGCUGCCAUACAUCAUGCUAUAUCUUCUUGGGACUUUGUCGCAAUACGUAAGUGACAUCUGUCUCCGUGGUAAGCAAAACGACCCACUUUGUCACUUGCCAUAUGACGCUUUGACAAGUUAUUCGCAUAAAAAACAAACAAAUCUCAUCCUUGUGGUAAGCGACAAAUUAGGACCUUUUACUGGACUUUGACACAUUUUAUUUUAGUAGUGUUCAGUUUAUAAAAGUUACAUACACAUGUAGACAUUUGGCAAGUAGCUCUAGUGGCAAAGUAAAUGAAAAUGUAGCACAUAAAUAAUUAGUUUGUGGUGUAUAUUAUUUUGACAAGUUUGAAAUGUCGUAUCGUAUCACUUGUAUCAGGCUGAAAAAAAGCAAAGCCCAUGAAAGACAUAGCCUGGAGAUUGCUUCACCGACAAGAACCCAGCUCUUAAAUUUUGUUGGGGUCUUCUCGAGGCUGAGGCGGUGAGGCGUAAGGUUAGAGCCGGCGUAGCUUUAACUGACGUUCAUAUGCGCAUUGUAAUAUGCCUACCUACUUGAAAAAUAAAUAUUUCAUUUUAAUUUUACUUUAAUAAUCAGUCAUAAUUGUUAAAGAAAAAACACAUGAACACAUAGAUACACGAAUACUAUUUUUACUUCAAUUUAACGCGAAAAUGAACCUUAUAUCAUCA